AUGGCUACAAAUAACCCUAGCAAGCUUGACUCUCUUCGCGAUGCCAUUUUAAGCGUCCGUGUGAGAGCCGUUACUAGGCAUCACUUCAUUACAUUCCCAAAUCUACAAACGAAACUCACCGAGUCUCUCGUUGCCGAUGCCAUUAUUGAAUGUUACCCGUACGAUCACCGCCAGAAAAUAAUCAUUGAGAAGAUCAUCGGCCAUGGGUUGAGGGUUUUUGCUGCUCUGGCAAUACUUCAUCAAGAGCAUUUAGUGCUCAGCCUUAUCGAGGGUAACCUGCUUGAUUCAAGUCUUCCGAUCGACUCAGAUAACCCCUUGAUACCCAGGGACCUUUCACCUAGGUUCUGCUCCGAAGUACAAUGGGAAUUCCUCCCACACAAAUUCAUCCAAGGCGACUUCCACAAGAGCCUACGAGCGGAAAUAAUGAUGCCAUACACACACGAAGUGAAGAUUGAUGAAGGGUCUGGCGGAGAUAUAUUCAAAUGUGUUGUUCACCCUCACCAAUACGAGGUAGUAUUCACAACGGUCAAGGAAUCCCGCCUUGGCCCGCAAGAAAAGCCCUCCGUACUCAUCAGGAAGCGCAUUAAAAUGGUCCGACAGAAUCCAACCUCUCAUCAACGUGCUUUCAGGAGAGAGUUGGAAUGUUUAGACGUCCUACGGACCCUCAGGCAUCCCAACAUCAUCCAUCUUCUGGCGAGCUAUGAGCACAAAGGGGAAUACUACCUUUUAUUUCCAUGUUUGCCGAUGGACCUGGAAUCUUUCCUCAGUAGGCCCGAAGUAUUUGGCGAUUUCACGACCAGCUUGACAUUUUACAGCGCUUUGGCCGGCUUGUUUUCCGCUGUGGAAGCACUCCACGAGGUUGUGGUACAAACCGAAAGAGAUCUUGUAUCCCGUAUCGGUUACCACCAUGACAUCAGACCCAAAAACGUGUUAGUUACACAAACCACAUUCGUCCUAACCGACUUCGGCGUAGCGCGACUUAAAUUUCCAGGACAAGGGUCGCAAACUCUGUGGCCAAGUACGAUCGGGGACUACAUCGCGCCAGAGUGCAUGGACGAGGACUAUGAAGAGCAAGUGGUCGGUAGAUCAAUAGAUAUCUGGUCAUUGGGAUGCCUCUUAGCCGAGGUGGUAACAUACAUGAAGUCUGGUUCAUCCGGUGUUACACAAUUUCGGGCAGCAAGGAGGGUAACCAAACACAGAUACCCGAUCUCGAAUGGGUAUUUCUUCGAGGGUAAUAACCUGAGGGCAUCCGUUGAGCAGUGGCUGACCGAAAUCAACCCACCCGCUACAGAACCAGGUGUUAGUUCCCUAAUUGCGGUUAUUCGUCAGCUGCUACACAUUGAUUACAAGGAUCGACCGGUCGCAUCUCUAUGUUCAAGAAAGCUUACUUACAUCCAAAGCAAAAUAAUCUUCUGCGAUAUCGAGGCGCACAUAACCAACAUAAGUGGAGGGAUUGAUUCAUUUAGUACCCCAGACGAGACGGCUUCCAUAUCCCCGUAUGAGAGUCUCGGAUUAUGGUUUGAAUCAAAAAAACUUAGUGCCUGGGGUACAGUUCUCCAAAUGCAUGAACAAUAUACAGAACAUCGGCUUUUUAACGACGGCAAAUUUCAAGUAUCCCAUGUACUUGAGACCCUCCAAUCAUUACACUCAAACCUAAAACAGCAGACAGCACUCUCCGCGAGAACAGGGGAAACGCUCAGAAUAGCUGUAGCAGAGCUAUGGAGACUGGUGCCGCAGUCAUACCAGAGGCGGAUGGAACAAGAAUGGCGCACGUCAGCACUAAAUACCAGUCCGGAGUUCGAGGAUGUUUCCAAUCUAAGUCGGAUAGAAGAAAGCGGGCGACUCCUCCGAGCUCCGUUCUCUAAUAUCAGUACAUAUGCCGCCCUCAAGAGAUUGCAACUGCAACUCUGGAGAACGGGUACAAGUCAGCAGAAGCAGUUGCUAUUGAAGGGCUCGCAGAUUGACUUGUGCCAAGAUUCGCGCAAAUAUUUUCAGCAAGACUAUCACCAAUUGGCGUGGUUUACGCCAUGGAAGGGUACCAAUCUUGAAUAUAACCGUAAGCGGAGGGUAAUCAUCGAGUGGCUAGUGUAUACUCCUGCCUGGGAAGGCCAAACCAAGGAGGAAAAAGUCACGAAGCUAUUGGCAUUGGCUGAAUUGCUCCACUGUUCAAAACCAGAGGGUUUUCAUGUCCUCGAUUGUGUUGGAAUCAUUGAACCCAACGCCGUUCUUGAAUUCUCUAACUUCGGUUUCGCCUACGACUAUCCUGAAGCAAUCCGAGGGGAGCUGUCCGAGCCCCCUACGACCCUUGCUAGCCUUCUAGGUGACAGAAAUCUAGUUGUUCCAUUAGAAUACAAAUUUCUGAUCGCUAAAAGUCUUUGCGAGAGUAUCUGGCAGCUGCAUUCAUCCAACUGGCUCCACAAGGCAAUCCAGCCAAGCAACGUUCUAUUCUUUCGCAAGAAGGCUUUGAGUCAAUCGAAACCUGCAGAGAUGUUCUCCGGCUUGUCCUCCCAGCCCUAUCUGAUCGGAUUCCAACAUAGCCGUCCUAACGGGGAUACUUGGUACUCGGAUACAGACGAUUACCACGGUGGUUCACCUGAGUACCGGCACCCCAACUAUAUUCCCGGAACGACAAGAUUCCGUAAAGCUUACGAUUAUUACGGCAUUGGAAUAAUGCUUCUAGAAAUUGGGUUUUGGGAGCCUCUGGCGUCUUUUCGCCGGCGUCAUAAAGAUGCUACGCCCGAUCAAUUCCGUGAAUCUCUGCUGAGAGUAUAUGCACCAAAGCUUGGACCGAAAAUGGGAAGCCUCUACAAGAAUAUUGUUAUUAACUGCCUCUCAAACCGCUACUAUUCGGAGAACUCCUUGUUAGAAGACCGGGAUGUCACUUCUGAGUUUUAUUGGGAGGCUGUGGCGCCGCUAUGUGAUCUUAAUAUUGCAUAG